AUGUCUGACCACGAGGAGAAUAUCUCUGAGGGCGGCUUCAAGACGCCGAUCCCUGAGCUCGACGACCACCGCCAUCAGGUUGCCACUAGCCCUCACCCAGAGCGGCCUCGAAGAGGCACUUUCGACACUCUGUAUGGAGCGCGCCUUCUUGGGCCCGACUCGGUUUCUGGUGAGCGGUCGCCAAGUAUCAGGGUUCGGGAUUUCGAAGAGGCAAUUGUCGAUGAUGAGGGAGGUGACGUCUCGCCGCAUGCGCGACGGGUUCGUCGACCGACUGUUGAGACGGUCACCGACCAGAGAUCCAUCUCCCCUCCCAACUCGGUCAAAGCCUUCGCUGAAGCGCGCCGUCGCGAGCGUGGCAUGUCCUUCUCUGAGUCCAAGGCCGAGAGGAAGGGCAGCGAGGAGAACCUGCAUCGCGCAGGCUCAAUCAGCAGCCGCCGUAGCCACCGCAGUCGACCUUUCACGGUCGAUGACGGCGCCAGCUUGGCCACCAACCAGUCGGCCGAGGAAGACGUCUGUUUCCCUCUACAAGAUCCCCGGCGUAAGGACCAGCUGUACAUCGACUUCGACUACUUGGAGAAUUUCGUCCAGUCUGACCAGGCAUCGCGAACGGCUAGUCGCCGCGAUUCUCUCCGUGCCUUCCCGGACCUACGACAGACACAGACGUCUGAGGGUCAGCCUCAGCUGCAACUCAGCACUGUUGAUGGAGAUAUUGUCAACAUGCCCUCUGACACCUCUGAUGAGCAGGAGAUCUCGGAGAAGGAGCAUGCCGCCGAAGAUGCUAAGAAUAAGCCUGUAGCUACCCAGCAGCCCCUGGACCCCAACCGGUUCAGCUUCUUUUCUUCGGCUUGGGAAUCUACGAUCCACGCAGCAGAACUUGGGGACUUGGUUCUUCCCGGCGAGGAUCUUCGGGGCCUCUUCACGCUCCCCGCCGAUGAGUCCGAUGGAGUUUGGUGGUUGAAUGUCAACAGCCCUACCAAAGAGGAGGUUACCGCCAUCUGCAAAGCAUUCGGUAUCCAUCCUUUGACAAUUGAGGAUAUUACGACGCAAGAAGCGCGGGAGAAAAUUGAGCUGUUUCCCUCGUACUACUUCGCAAGCUUUCGAUCUUUCACCCCAGUACAAGAAGACGACGGCUUGGAGUAUGAGCCGUACAACCUCUAUGUCGUUGUCUUUCGCGAGGGUACUCUGAGCUUCAGUUUCGAGCCCAAUGCCCACGCCUCUCACGUGCGCAAGCGGAUUGCCCUGCUUAGGGACUACGUUGCGCUGAGCAGCGACUGGAUUUGCUAUGCUCUGAUUGACGAUAUUGUGGAUUGCUUUGCUCCAGUCAUCCGCGACAUUGAGUUAGAGGCUGACGCCAUUGAGGACGGCGUCUUCGUCGCCCGCGAGGAUGAUUCAAACCAGUUUCUGCGGUCCAUUGGCCGAGUGCGCAAGAACACCAUGGCUCUCAUGCGCCUUCUUGGAGGCAAAGCUGAUGUCCUGCGAGGCUUUACCAAGCGUUGCAACGAGAACUACAAGGUUACACCCCGUAUGGACAUUGGACUUUAUCUCGGCGAUAUACAGGAUCACGUCGUCACUAUGGUCACCAACCUCGGCCACUUCGAAAAGAUUCUGUCUCGCUCCCACAGUAACUACUUGGCUCAGCUUUCCAUCAACAGCAUCUCUCAGGGUACACACACGAACUUAGUACUCAGCAAGAUCACGUUCCUCGCGUCGAUUCUUGUUCCGCUCAACCUCGUUUGUGGACUGUUCGGCAUGAACGUUCCGGUUCCCUUUGCGGACACUUCUCUUGUCCCGUUCUUUGUCAUUCUUGGAAGCUUGAUUCUCUUCAGCGUUGUGAGCAUGACCUUGGCUCGCAAGUACAAGUACAUCUGA